UUGAUGCCCCAUACAUGAGCUGAAUCCGAGCGACCCUGCGCAGCGACUGCUCUAUUUCCCUUCUACAGGCUGUUUUGGUUGCGCCGGCAAUACAAAACAAUCAAGCAUGGCUUUCUUCUUCAAUCGCGGUCGAUCCCGCCAGCCUUCUGAUCUUGUCCGGACAAUCAAAGACACGUUGGUGCGGAUUCGGGAGAAUCCCUCGAAUAACCAGGAAGCGGAAAAACCGCUGGCUCAAAUGAAAGUGAUUGUUCAAGGAACGCAAGAUGUCGAGGUCUCCCCUGAUCAGGUUCAGUCUUUGAUCCAGGCGGCCUUACAGGAGGACUUGCUUUAUGAUCUAGCCCGCAGCCUUCAUCUACUUCCUUUUGAAGCUCGGAAAGACACCCAAGCCAUCUUUUCGCAUAUCCUACGUUUCAGGCCCGCCAAUGCUAGCUCAAACCAGAAUGACCCGCCCGUCAUCUCUUAUAUAGUUCAUAACCGACCCGAGGUAAUCAUUGAAUUGUGCAAGGGCUACGAGCACAGCGAAAGUGCAAUGCCGUGUGGCGUAAUUCUGCGAGAGGCUCUGAAGUUCGACGUCAUUGCGGCCAUCAUCCUAUAUGACCAGUCAGGAGAUGGAGAGCCCGCGAUCAAACUUACGGAGGUUCAGCCCGCUGUGCCCCAGGAUGGUACCGGAAUCUUUUGGCGUUUCUUCUACUGGAUUGACCGAGGCAGUUUUGAGCUGAGUGCCGAUUCUUUCACAACCUUCCGGGAGAUUUUAACCCGUCACAAAAACCUAGUGACUGGUUACCUCUCGACCAAUUUUGAUCGAUUCUUUGCGAAAUUCAACGAGGUGCUUGUGAACUCCAAUUCAUAUGUGACCAAGCGACAGAGCAUCAAGCUCUUAGGCGAGAUUUUGCUCGACCGGGCCAAUUACAAUGUAAUGAUGGCCUAUGUAGAGAGUGGUGACAAUUUGAAGCUGUGUAUGAAAUUGCUGCGAGAUGAUCGGAAGAUGGUUCAGUACGAAGGAUUCCACGUGUUCAAAGUAUUUGUUGCCAACCCAAACAAGUCGGUGGCCGUGCAGCGGAUUCUUAUCAAUAAUCGCGAUCGCUUGUUGAGAUUUCUGCCUCGCUUCCUGGAGGAUCGAACUGAAGACGACCAGUUCACGGAUGAGAAGAGCUUUCUGGUCCGUCAGAUUGAACUUCUUCCCAAUGAGCCGGUCGAGCCAGCACGCUCCACCCGUGAGCCUUCUAGAUCCGGCGUCAACGCCGCCGCUGUAGCUUGAAAAGCUAGAUCAGGAGUGUGUCAUCUAACACUUCAUCUUGUGCUGUGGAUAUUUGUUUUGGCCCUUGCUGGGUAUGAUUUCCGUAUUCCACUCCCUUCUCUUGUGAAUUAUUUGAACUUGAUGCGCAGGACUACAUGCAUUGAAUGUAUGUAAUGCCUGGGUCGGAUUUG